UGGAUAAGAAACAUGACACUAAAACAUCUCCACUCCAACCCCAACCAACAACUUAACACAUCAAGCCAUGAAAUCUCUGGUUUGUGCAUCACACCCAACUCUCUAUCUUCCAAAUUACUCUUCAUGGAAACCCAAGUUUCGAGCUUUCCACCCCAUCACCGCAGAAAAACAACCCAACUACUACCCAUUAACCACACCAAAGCCACCUCGUGCUAAUGCCAAAGGCUUCUCAAACAGACCCUCAACCACUGAGACCGAUAUUGUCCCCAGCAAAAAUCGCAGGAGAGGGGUGAACGAAGAAGAAGAUGAAGAGCUUCCAAGAGUGGUUCUAUACAGGAUUAUUGGGAGGAUCUUGUUUUCAGUUGGGGUACCAUUGGUGUUGGGUUUGGCAUUGUUGGACCUUUAUGGUGAGCUUAAGGAUCGAGGAAUAUGGGAUGCGCCAUUGUGGAUCCCUUUCACGACAACUUUGUUGACUUUUGGAGCUUCCACGCUUGGAAUUGCUUAUGGGACACUGUCUGCGAGUUUGGAUGCGGAGAGGGAAGGAACGUUUCUUGGGCUGAAUGAGGUUCAGAGGAAUUGGGUGGAGAUGUGGGAGGAAGAGGAUAAAAAAAGCUAGCCAAAGGUUAUAAUGUUUCAGACUAGCUAUUAAGUUGUCUAGGCAAAUUGCAAGAAAUGAUGUUGAUGCUGUAAAACUAGAUGUGUUAUUUGGUAGAAAUUAUGGGGUAAUAAGGAUAAUUUAGUAUUUUCCUUUUGUAUAUGGGAUUCAUUAUGUUUCAUUCAUGAUAUAUACAUUUAGGAGUUUUUCUAGGUCCAGUCAUCGCCUGUGUGGCACCUCCUAAUUGGUUAAUAUAUGAAAAAAUCCUACAUGGCAUGCAUUCCUUCAUUCAUAUUAUCCUACACUUUUAUACUUAACCAACACUCACCUCUCUUUAAUACCAAUAAUUAAUUCCAAUUAUCAAAAACACGUUUUUGCCCUCUCUCAUCUAUUUUCCUUCUCUGCCGUUUCACUCAUCUCUUCCAUUUUUUCUUCACCGAUGCCCUCCUCCUCUGAAAUUUUCCAUUCCGCGAUAGCCUCUUUCUCUGAUCGACGUCGUGGCAUUACGGCCCCUUUACGGUUGUAAUCGGCGGUCUCAUCCCUCCCCAUGCUCAUAUCCACCCUCUCCCAACCGAGUAUAAGAUCAAUAACAUCAAAAAGCGUGAUACGAAUUCUCACAGCGUCCUCGACUCUGGCCAAUACAGAUUCCAUGGUAGUUUUUCGUUGGCGACUGCGAGUUCGACUUUGUCCAACAAAUUUGCGGGAUGAGGUAGCAGCAUCACCAACCACACGGUUUCCAGCUGAGUAUGUGCAAGAAUUUCAGAAUUGUUUUGACAGAUCUCCUGCAGUUCCUGUGUCUGAAUCCUCGAGUUCAUCAUGGCUGCAAGUUUGACCUCAUCGCCAUCUCAGGAGAAAAAUGAAGAACUUUGCUUAUGCGCAAUAGCAGGGGAUAAAAGAGUUUUAAUGUAUGUUAAGUACAUUGUCAUGUACUAUACUUUCAUGUAGAAUCUUCCAUCCUACUUUCAGUUUUUUAGGGCACGCUACCUUCACAUUUCAAAGAAACAUUCAGAGAAUCAAGGAUGCAGAGGUGUGAGCAUUUCCUUUAUACAUGUGUGUGUUCCCGCCAUUGCAGGAUUAUGGUAACCAGCUUGGACUGAGGUUGGAUACGUUGUUCAGUAUUACUUGGAGAAUGAAAAUGAGGCAGAAAAUCAGCAAUAACGGGGUGGUUCAGUUAGUUUUUGACAUUAUAGCCAUCUUAUGGUGAAAGGGAAAGGAAAACUAUAAAUCAUUAUCAUAGUGUUUCUGCUUCAGGUUUUAUGCCUUGGUUCACUUUGAUAUGGUUACUCAAGAAGUCAAUUUCUGAAACGAGCUAUGGAGCGGAUGGAAUCAGAUAACAGUUAGGAGUAACAGUGGCAGAGAUAUUGAGGGAGAAAGGGAAGCCAGCCUAGAAACUUGGAAGAGAUUUGAAGCUCAGCAGGAAAUGUCAAAGACCCAAGAGGUAGGUACCACACAAUGAGGAUGCAUUUCAAACAUGAAGCAAAGUAGUUGAGCAGCUUUGGUCUCAUUGACCCUGUUGUGUCGAUUGUGAUGUGAUUCAGCUUUCCUUCAAUUUUUCAUUGAUACCUCUUACGAAUUUGUUGGAUGUUUCUAGGUCUUUCUAAUCCUUCUUAUAAUUUUGAUUCUGUAUUACAGUAUUAAUUCAUAAUGAAUUUGCUUAUUAAA